AUGUUCCGACCGACAACACUGGCAUGUGGAAUCGUUUCUCGUCAUUUCAGAGGGUUAAGACCUGGUCAAUUUUCCUUUCUAAAUAAAUCCCAAAGGGUUUUCUACAGCAAUCCAGGGAAGAACUUUAUUUCGGUUGGGAAUGCGGACACCGAUGAAGAUGACAUCAUCGAAGUUUUCGACUUGCCUGUAGAGCCACAGUUUGAAGAAAACCCGGAAUUCGAAUAUGUAUCGCAGUCUGUCACUGAAUGCCGAUAUCCUUUUAUAUCCAACAAAAGAUCUCGUGGUGGUGUAUUCAACCUACCAGAAGUCGUUCAGUUUCUUAGAGCCGAAAAAUUUUCAGAUGUUGUGGCUAUUCGAAUACCAGAAGUCGCGUGCUAUGGCGAUUUCAUGGUUGUUGCUACUGCGAAAUCAAAUAAUCAUGUAUAUCAAGCGUCAAAAAUUCUGCAAGAAUUAUUUAAAAUGAAGCGGGCGUCCUCAGACUCCAUUCCCUCCUUUGAGGGACUCAAAGAACGCUCGGAAUGGGUCGCUGUCGAUUUGGGCAACAUCAUCUUGCACAUGUUCGCGAAGGUAGAGUGUCGGCAAAGAUACGACCUUGAAUCACUGUGGGGUAUCGGUCCCGAGUUUGAUGAGAAGACGCAAGGGUUGGAGGUCCCUCAAAGUGAAGUCGACUCUUUCCCUUCCAUGAGACUCACCCAAGCGGACUGGGAACGCAUAGUCGCCGAGGUGGCUGCAGAGUAA